AUGAGGCAGUCCAUGCUAAUCGGCCUCAUGGUCGCCUUCUUCCGAGCCUCACAAGCUUCCCUGCUAGACUACGCAGGAAAGCUUCCAGAGUGCGGUCUGACAUGUACCCUGGAACAAAUACCGCUCUCGGCGUGCAAGGUCGUGUCGAACGAUACCUGCAUAUGCAGCGAUGAAAAGCUGAGGGCAAGCGUGCAGACGUGCCUCCUCGAGCGGUGCAAGAGGCUGGAGGCCAUAGAUGUCGCGAGGAUAGAGGCCGAAGCGUGCAAGAGACCGGUCCGCAACCGGAAAGUCGACAUCAUCGCGCCCAUCGUCAUCCAGGCUCUUGGGGCAUUGGCGGUCCCGUUGCGGUUAUAUGCCCGCUGGACAACCAUGCACCGAUUUGAGUCCGACGACCUGAUCAUGAUCUUUUGCGGGGUAUGUACAAAGCGUGUAGACGUACGGGGGAGGAAGGGGGUAUUGGCCCAUGAUCUGACAAACGGACAGCUCCUUUUCAUUGUGUUCGUCACCCUCGGUCAGCUGGCCGGCUCAGUCGCAUUCGGAGAAGACAUAUGGAUGGUGGAGCCGGAAGAGCUCACUUUCGGACUCAAGAUCUUCUUCAUCGAUGAGAGCUUCUACCUCGCCUGCCUGGGGCUCACCAAGAUAUCAGUGCUCUUCUUCUACCUGCGGAUAUUCCCCAACAAAUCGUUCCGGCGCGCCACCUACGCGGCCAUGACCUACAUCGGGCUGUCGACCACCAUCAUGCUCUUCAUGCAGAUCUUCCAGUGCAUCCCCUUCUCGUUCAACUGGGACGGGUGGAAGGGCGACUUUGGCCCGCACCACUGCCUCAACAUCAACGUGCUGGCCUUCGUCGCCGGCGGGCUCAGCAUCAGCCACGACAUCAUCAUCCUCUUCCUCCCCGUGCCGCUGCUGUGGCACCUCAACAUGGGCCUGCGCUCCAAGAUUGGAAUCUUCAUCAUGUUCAGCCUGGGUAUCUUCAUCCUAAUCACGUCGUGCGUGCGCCUGCAGUACAUCGCCCUGUUCACGCGGUCGCUGAACCCGACGUGGGACUUUACGGAUCCGCUCAUCUGGUCGGGUAUCGAGGUGUCGGUGUCGAUGAUCGUCGUGUGCCUCCCCGCGACGCGGGUCCUCUGGAAGCGCAGCCUGCCCAGGUGCUUCAGCUCCAUCGCGACCCUCGAGUUCUCGCCGCCCAAGAGGGAGUCGAGCACGUCGUCGCGGGUCGCGCAGUACUCCAAGUCGAACGGCGGCGGCGGCGACCACCACCGGAGCAACGAGCAGUCGUCGUCGUUCGACCGAAAGGCGGCCGCCGCCGCCGCGGCGCGGAGGAUUGCCGAGAGGAGGAAACAAUUCUUCUCGUUCCGGUCCACCAACGUCGAGCCGAGCGAGAGCGAGCUGGAGCUGGGGGACAAGGUCCGGGGCGAGGUGCGGACGCAGAUCAGGUACGGGGAUGCGGAACCAGCCCCCUCCUCCUCCUCGAGACGCCGGGGCUCUAUCGAGUCGGGCAUCCACGUGCGCACGACGACCACGUUUGAAGACUUGACGGGUGAGGCCCGCGGAAAGCCUUUCUUUUUGCCAUGAGAUUGAUCAGGACGUUGUUGUGACUAAACUCUUCUUCUUUUUUUCCCUUUGCGGGUUCAGACCGGCCC